UAACUGCAGGAAGACGGAUGCUACAAUUUCUGAAGACUUUUCUGUUUCAAGAAGCAGGAUGGUUUCCAUGGAUCUCUCUGCCGGCACUAUUCUUCUCUUGACUAUUUCCUGCUGCCUGUGGAAUACCGAAUCUCGAAAACAUUCGUCCGUGCUCAGUGUGCCAAAUGGGGGUACCUGGGGUGAAUGGGGUCCAAUUUCGUUUUGCUCUUCUGGCUAUGCUAAGGGCUUUGCCCUGAAGGUGGAAAAAGGCGAUUUGACUUUUGACCAUACAGGUCUGAAUGGAAUCCGCUUGUACUGUGACGAUGACACAGAUAUUGAGUCUAGAGUUGGACCGUGGGGAAAGUGGACCAGAAAACUAUUCUGCCCUAAAGGCUACCUGGUUUCUUUUUCUCUGAGAGUGGAACCACGUCAAGGACUGAAUGAUGAUACAGCAGCUAACAACAUCGAGUUCAAAUGCAGUGAUGGUGCUAAGUUGAAAGGCAUUGGCACUGCAAGGGGUGAUUUUGGCCCAUGGAGUGAGAGCUGCCCCUCAAAUGGUAUAUGUGGGAUGAGAACAAGGGUAGAGGAUGCACAGGGCAUAGCUGAUGAUACAGCACUCAAUGAUGUGGUUUUUUACUGUUGUUAA